AGAAGAAAGUGGUGUGAGAUGUACUCUUCUUCGUGACCUUGCUGUAUCAUAAACCUAAUUAUCUUAAAUUAAUUAAAAGUUUAAAUUCGAUUUCAGGCGGUUAAAUCAAAAUUAAAAAAGUGUUUUGGACUCAAGAAAACGACGUCGUAUCUUGUUGUCCAUAUAAAAGCCACCCUGGAUAGUAAUGGUCUCCUCCUUGUCGUAUGGAAUACAAUACCAAAACUCACUCUCUUUUCAACUCAGUUCAAACAGUAAAAGAGAUUGUCAGCGCAAAGCAGCCAAAAGCUAGAGAGAGAGAGAGAGAGAGAGAGAGAGAGAGAGUAAAGAGUAAAGAGAAAGAAAAGAGCUUGAAAAUUUGGGGUUGAUCAACAUUCGAGGAGCACCGAAUCAAAGAGAAAGAAUCGGUGAGAGAAAGAAAAGAAUCUAGGGUUUUUGGGUCGACGAUCGGAGGCGGCCGUGAAAUGGCGACUCCGCAGUCAGAACGGCUACUGAUGACUCCGAAUUCAGCUAGGCCUCUUUCAAUAACACCUGGCUCUAGGGUUUUGCAGCAGAGCCCUCUGGGUGAUGAAACCAUUUGGAAGCGUCUCAAAGAAGCUGGUUUUGAUGAGGAAUCUAUAAGACGCAGGGACAAAGCUGCUCUCAUAGGCUAUAUUGCUAAGCUAGAAGCUGAGAUUUUUGACCACCAAUAUCAAAUGGGUCUUCUUAUAUUGGAAAAGAAAGAAUUGUCUUCCAACUAUGAACAAAUUAAAGCCUCUGCUGAAACAGCUGAAAUAUUGUCUAAGCGAGAUCAAGCUUCACACAUGUCCGCAUUAGCUGAGGCACGAAAGCGAGAGGAUAAACUCAAGAAAGCAAUAGGAGUAAAGGAAGAGUGCAUAACAAGUAUUGAAAAGGCAUUGCAUGAAAUGCGUGCUGAAUCUGCGGAAACAAAAGUUGCGGCUGAGUGCAAAUUAGCUGAAGCAAAGAGGAUGAUGGAAGAUGCUCAUAGUAAAUUUACUGAUGCCGAGGCAAAGCUGCAAGCAGCAGAGUCUUUACAGCUAGAAGCUAGUCGAUACCGCAGUGUUGCUGAAAGAAAACUGCAGGAAGUUGAAGCCCGUGAAGAUGACCUUAGGAGGCGUAUUGAAACAUUCAAAUUAGAUUGUGAUGAAAAAGAAAGGGGAAUCAGUCUUGAGAGGCUCUCUUUAUGUGAAAGGAAAAAGUCUCUUCAGCAAGAACAAGAUAGAUUGUUUGAAGCACAAACUUUGUUAAGUCAGAGAGAAGAUUAUAUUUUCAGUCGAUCUGAGAAGCUAGAUCAACUUGAGAAAGAGUUAGAGAACACAAAAAGAGAUAUAAAGGAGCAGCGUAGAGCCUUAAUUAAUGAGAAAUCAAACUUAGAACUAACUGAAGUUUCCUUAAAGAAAAGAGAAGAGGCUCUAAGCAAGCGGCAAGCUUUGUUAAGUAAUAGAGAGCAAGAGUUAACUCUUUUACAGGAAAAACUUGCGAGCAAAGAAUCUAAUGAAAUUCAAAAGGUUAUUGCGAGCCAUGAAGUUGAUUUAAGAGCAAGAAAGUCUGCUUUUGAUGCUGAGCUGGAGAUCAAAUGCAAAAUAGUUGAAGAUGAACUUGAGGCAAAAAGGCGUGCUUGGGAGUUGAGGGAGGUAGAUCUUAAUCAGCGUGAGGACCUUGUCCGAGAAAGGGAACAUGACUUGGAAGUGCAGUCAAGGACAUUGGUGGAUAGGGAGAAAGAGGUUGCAGAGAUGUCAAAAUGUCUUGAUGAGAAAGAAAAAAGCUUGUCUGUUGAAGAGAAGGAGGUUGAGUUGAGCAAACUUCUUUUACAAAGAGAAAGAGAAGAGAUUAUCAAGAUGAAGUUAGAGCUGAACAACUCUUUGAAUUCACUUGAAGACAGAAAGAAACAACUUGAUUGUGCCAAGGAAAAGUUUGAGAAUCUGAAAACGGAAACAAGUGAACUAUCAACUCUAGAGACGAACCUAAAGGAAGAAAUAGAUUCAAUCCGUGCUCAGAAACUAGAACUAAUGGCUGAAGCAGAUAAGUUGACUGCAGAGAAGGCAAAGUUUGAAGCAGAGUGGGAAUUAAUUGAUGAGAAGAGAGAAGAACUACGGAAGGAAGCUGAGCGAGUGGCUGAAGAGAGAAUGACCUUGUCCAAGUUUAUUAAGGAGGAACGUGAUAAUCUCAGGCAUGAGAAGGAUGAAAUGAGGGAUCAAUGCAAACGUGAUGUAGAGUCACUUUGUCGUGAGCGAGAGGAUUUCAUGAAUAAGAUGGUACUUGAGCGAUCUGAAUGGUACAACAAGAUGCAGCAAGAACGUGCAGAUUUCUUACUUGACAUUGAGAUGCGACGGAGGGACUUGGAGAACUGUAUCGAUAAGAAGCAUGAAGAAUUAGAAAGUUCUUUGAGAGAGAAAGAGAUGGUCUUUGAGUUGGAAAAGAAGAAUGAACUUCAGCAUGUUAACUCUCUCAAGGAUAAAGUGGCGAAAGAGUUGGAACACGUUGCCUUAGAAAUGAAAAGGCUUGAAGCAGAAAGAAUAGAGAUAAAUUUGGAACGGGAACAAAGGAACCAGGAAUGGACUGAGCUAAAUAAUGCUAUUGAUGAACUUAAGGUGCAAAGGGAAAAAUUGAAAAACCAGAGGGAGAUGUUGCAUGUUGACAGAGAAGAGAUUCAGGCUCAAAUUGAAGAGUUGAAGAAACUAGAGAGUAUUAAAGCUGCCCUGGAUAAUAUGGCCAUGCUUGAGAUGCAACGAUCUGAUUCAAUAUCCAAUCGCAAAAGACUUUCUCGAAAGAAAAAACUAAGGCAGUCAACAGUUGCUCAAGAUGGUGAUAUCAAAUUUCAAAAUGAAAAUAAUAUUGCUAACCAUAGCAAUGGAUCUGAUUCACCAUCUAGUUUUAAAUUAGAUGUAUUUUCUCCAUCUAGGUCUGCUCGGUUCUCAUGGAUCAAAAAAUGCUCUGAUUUGAUUUUCAGGCAGUCCUCUUCUGAGAAGCCUUCUUUGAAGUAUGAUGAGAGUGCCUUGAUUUCUCACUAUAAAGAUGGCAGGUCUAUGAGAAAAGAAAAGACCCAGAGUAUUGUCAACGAAAGGCAAUUGCAUGGAUAUUCUUUUGGAGAACCUAAGGAGAUAGUUGAAGUGCCUGCAGUAGGUGAGAUUGCUGAAGGUAUCAAUGAUUCUGAAGCUGAACUUAGUGAAGCUGUUGUUGAAAAGUGUGACCCCAUGAUUGCUCACCAAGAUUUGCAGCCAAGGAGGAAACGAAGAGCUAACAAAUCUUCUGACAAUAAUUUUGAUCUACCAGUUGAGAAAAGAAGGCAAAAUACUAAGAAAAGGAAGCAACAAUAUGAUGGCGAUGAAAUUCCAUCCAAACAAAUCACUAUGAAGAGUGCUACAUCAGAGCAGCAAACGUUUAAACAAACUUGUGAAGGUGCUGAGGAGACAACUGUAUUAAUUGUAGAUAAAAUCAUUAAUGUUUCUGAAGUGACUUGUGAAAUUGUUGAAGCUGAUCGUAUCCAUGAGGACAAAUUAGAGCUCCAUAAGUUUGUUGAAGAAUCUAACCAGGAUUUUCCCUCAGACAAUGGAAAACAGCCCCAGGAAGAAGAUAUCCCAGAACAAUGUACAAAAGCUUAGUGAGCAUAUGGUAUAGACAAAUCAAUGAAGUCUUAAGAGGCGUAUAUUGCUUGAACUUGUGAAAAUUAUGGAAAAAGAAAGUUAUAUUACUACAAAUACUUUCUGGUUUGCAUUUCUUUUGCCGAGAAAAAGCAAUAAUUGAGAAAAUUUUAGCUUGUUAGUGUUAGUGAGAUAUAUUAUAUAUAUUCUUUUAGUGCUACAAAGUUGACUGGUAGUGUGUUGGAGUGAAGCUAACUUUGUAUAUUGACUUGGUUGGUGAGUGUGUUUUGGGGAGUUUGAUAUGUUGUAUAUGCGUGGUUCUUUUAGUCUUUGUGUUUGUAAGUGGUGUUUUUCUCUUUACAAGGAGCAGACAUAGAGUUUGGGAUCUUCUUUUCUUUUUUUAUCUUAAUGAUGAGGGUGUGGUGCCUUAUUUGA